AUGGGUCAUGGAAAGAAGAAAGUGGCAAGUAUGGUAUACUAUGAGAUCAUGGGUAUUGAAUCCGAUGCAACAGCAGAACAGAUAAAGAAAGCGUAUCGUAAGAAAGCACUCCAACUUCAUCCGGAUAAACGUGGGAACACACCUGAGUCUCAAGAAGAAUUUACACGAAUGAAACAAGCGUAUGAUGUAUUAUCAGAUCCCCAAAAGCGUGAGAUAUACGAUCAAGUUGGCGAAGAUGGAAUUAAACUUAUGGAAGACUAUGGUAGCAUGAGUCCCGAACAAAUGUCCAUGUUACUCUUUCGUUCAAUGGGUGCAUUUGGUACAAAAGGAAAAUGUGUUCUUAUCUUGCUUGUAGCGUUGAUAUUUGGCCUUAUGCUGAUGAUUCCAAUCUUUUGGUGUCUUCGAGCUGAUAGUAGUAUUUCAUGGAAUUGGGCAGUGGUAUGUAUUCCAUUAUGGAUUGUGAAUAGCUUUUAUUAUUGUUGUUUGGGUUCAAUCCUCGCGACGGCUGAUACUAGUGAAGACACGGAAGAAAAACAAAAGAAACAAACACUUGUUUACAAGUUUUACGCAUUCUUUAAAGCGCUAUUAUUAUUGGUGUUACAAAUUUUUCUCGCUUUGAAACUCAAUCAAGAUGUCAACUGGACACUUUUACAAGUUUUCAUUCCAUAUUUUGGAUAUGAUGGAUUAAAUUUACUUGAAACAAUAGCAAGUGGAUACUUGGGGUAUCAAAUGCUUACGAAAACUAGUGAAGGUGCUGGAGUAUCUCAAACUGAAACCAUUACAAAACAACGUUCGGCAUUGGUUGUCGCAGUCUUUCGAAAAAUACUUUUAAACAUUGCUCGGAUUGUACAAGUUAUUUUGCUUGGACUUAAAGUCGAUGAAGAGUUAGAUGAUACAAGUUGGUGGCUUAUCUUUCUUCCAAUUUGGCUUUAUCUUGUAUAUUUUGGAUCGUAUCCAAUUCGAAAAUAUUUACGUGCGAAAGCCAAAGCUAAAGAACCCAAGAUUCAAUCACCUCAACAACAUUCUCAUGAUGCAUAUACUCGUGAGUCAGUAAAGAACGAUGAAGAUGAAGUUACGUCAAAGUAUCCACUUGUCGAUGCGUUGUGUACGCUUUCAGUCAUUGGAAUACUUAGUUCACCUGUUUUUAUCUUGUCGGCAAGACUACAGAAUGAGUCAUUUUCAACUAUUUACAUCCUUUUACCAUGGCUUAUCUUGGUUGGUCUUGUAUUUUGUAUCAUUUGCUGUGCUAUCUCAUGCUUUAGUUUUCAAGAUCCAGACACCAAUCAAGAACCUGAAGAGACUACAACAAAGAAUGCACAAAGUUUUUCAUCAGCUGAAGAAGGUCGAGCAGAUUAUGUUUCCGUGGAUAUGGAUUAG